UAGGAGCCCGAGGGGGAGGCAGAGGGGGAGCGGGAGAUCAAGAAUCCUGCCCAGUUACGCGAGCCCGCCGGCCCGAACGGCAGCUUCUCAGCUCGGGUGCUUGUGCCCACGGACAGCGGCCGACUCCGAGGCUGACUCCAGCAAUGGCCUUUGCAAAUCUGCGGAAAGUGCUCAUCAGUGACAGCCUGGACCCUUGCUGCCGCAAGAUCCUGCAAGAUGGAGGGCUGCAGGUAGUGGAGAAGCAGAACCUGAGCAAAGAGGAGCUGAUAGCUGAGCUGCAGGAUUGCGAAGGCCUUAUCGUGCGCUCAGCCACCAAAGUGACCGCUGAUGUCAUCAGUGCAGCCGAGAAUCUCCAGGUGGUGGGCAGGGCUGGCACGGGCGUGGACAAUGUGGAUCUGGAGGCCGCGACAAGGAAGGGCAUCCUGGUCAUGAACACCCCCAAUGGGAACAGCCUCAGUGCUGCGGAGCUCACCUGUGGGAUGAUCAUGUGCCUGGCCAGGCAGAUUCCCCAGGCGACGGCUUCAAUGAAGGAUGGCAAGUGGGAGCGGAAGAAGUUCAUGGGAACAGAGCUGAAUGGAAAGACCCUGGGUAUUCUUGGCCUGGGCAGGAUUGGGAGAGAGGUGGCCACCCGGAUGCAGUCCUUUGGGAUGAAGACUGUGGGGUAUGACCCCAUCAUUUCUCCAGAGGUCUCGGCCUCCUUCGGAGUUCAGCAGCUGCCCCUGGAGGAGAUCUGGCCUCUCUGUGAUUUCAUCACUGUGCACACGCCUCUCCUGCCUUCCACGACAGGCUUGCUGAACGACAGCACCUUUGCCCUGUGCAAGAAGGGGGUGCGUGUGGUGAACUGUGCCCGAGGCGGGAUUGUGGACGAAGGUGCCCUGCUCCGGGCCCUGCAGUCCGGCCAGUGUGCUGGAGCCGCGCUGGAUGUGUUUACGGAAGAGCCGCCACGGGACCGAGCCUUGGUGGACCACGAGAACGUCAUCAGCUGUCCCCACCUGGGCGCCAGCACCAAGGAGGCCCAGAGCCGCUGCGGGGAGGAAAUUGCCAUCCAGUUUGUGGACAUGGUGAAGGGGAAAUCUCUAGCGGGGGUUGUGAACGCCCAGGCGCUUACCAGUGCCUUCUCUCCACACACCAAGCCUUGGAUUGGGCUGGCAGAAGCUCUGGGGACACUGAUGCGAGCCUGGGCCGGAUCUCCCAAAGGGACCAUCCAGGUGGUAACACAAGGAGUGUCCCUGAAGAACGCCGGGAGCUGCCUGAGCCCUGCGGUCAUCGUCGGCCUCCUGAAAGAGUCUUCCAAGCAGGUGGACGUGAACUUGGUGAACGCCAAACUGCUGGUGAAAGAGGCUGGCCUCGAUGUCACCACGUCCCACAGCCUUGCGGCACCAGGGGAGCAGUGCUCCGGGGAGUGCCUCCUGACCGUGGCCCUGGCAGGCGCCCCCUACCAGGCUGUGGGCUCCGUCCAGGGCACCACGCCUGUACUGCAGAUGCUCAACGGAGCUGUCUUCAGGCCAGAAGUGCCUCUACGCAGGGGCCUGCCCCUGCUCAUGUUCCGGGCGCAGCUCUCCAACCCUGCAGUGCUGCCUACCAUGAUUGGCCUCCUGGCAGAGGCGGGCGUGCAGCUGCUGUCCUACCAGACCUCGGUGGUGUCGGAGGGGGAGGCCUGGCACGUCAUGGGCAUCUCUUCCUUGCUGCCCAGCCUGCAGGCGUGGAAGCAGCAUGUGACCGAGGCCUUCCAGUUCCAGUUCUGACCUGGGGCUCACUGGUCCCAGCCUCAGGCUUCUCUGAAGUUGGCUACCCACUGAGCAACAGGGAGAGGAAAUCCACAUUGCAGGGGCGGGACCAGGGCCUCUGGUACAGC